GAGUCGUGCAACCUUAAUUUUCUCUCAUUUAAUUUCGUGUUCUUCACAGCACAACACAGUUUUUAGGUAUGUGAAUUUCAAACAAACCUAUCUGUGUCGUUUUGAUUCUCUUUUACUCUUCCGUUACUGCGUUUUGAAGUAGAACCCUAGUCUCUCUCUCUUUCUCACCCUUCAAUUUCCUCUCCAAAGAUCAAACCUUUUUCACACAUUUCGCCAAUUCAAACCCUAUUCACUCCGAUUUCCUUGAUUCCCGCCUCAAUUUUUAUGCUUUCAGUGUAAAUUUUCACCUUCAAAAAGGGGGAAAACAAAAGCAUUUCCUCCAUUUAGUAAAUAGGUUGUUUGUUAAGGAAACUGGAAUGCGGCUCAGCUUUCAAGCCAAUGCUUGAUAAUGUGGACAACAUUAUCGACUCAACUUGGAGACUAUGUGCUCUUGUAGGUGGUUGGGUUUCUGGUUUAAUUUCAAAACCUUACACAAAAGUGGUUGGCUCUGCAUUUGAUGGUUCUAUUUCUAGGUUGGCCAACGAAAGGGAAAAUCGUUAUUUAGAUUACAUGGAUCAGUGUAUAUAUAUUAGUUCGUCGGAUGAUGAGUUGGAGGAAAUUGUAGAUCCUAGGAGGAUUCCCCCAAUAUGGGCAUCUGAAAGGAAUUCAGAUUCAAGAAGGGCAAAAAGUUCAAACGCGAGCUCGUCUAACGUUUUUAAUCAUUCACAAGUUAAGCCCAAUAAUCAACCUGGUCCGAGCAAUGGAAGCACAAGUCAGCAUCAGACAGUAAAUUCCCGAAUUUCUAAUUCCAAUGGUGCCGGUUAUGAGAAAAUGUCAUCUCAACAAGCUUUCAACAGGACCCUUCCACCAUCUUUUCAAUCAUCUGCCUCAAGGGCUCUUCCACCUUCGUCAUUUGCACCCAAUAACAGAUUAAGUAACUCAAGCAGCAGUCAGCUGCAUGAUGCAUACAAGAGUCGUCACCAUGGAGUAGGACCUAGCUCAUCCGGUGAGAAGGGCUUUUUUCGAGGCAAUGAUGGAGAUCGUUUCAUGAAUCAGAAUGGUGGGACCAGGGCUCUUCCUCCAUCUUUGAUGCUUGGAAAGGCUAUAACUCCACCAUUUGCUAGUUCUAGUGAGAUGUACCGCUCUGGAGCAGGUGAUGAAAGGGCUCCUGAAACUGAUGAGAGACUAAUUUAUGAAGCAGCAUUACAGGAUAUCAGUCAACCAUUAAAAGAAGCUGAUUUACCUGCUGGUAUAAUGUCUGUACCUCUAAUGAGACAUCAGAAAAUUGCACUGGCUUGGAUGCUUCAGAGGGAAAACAGGAGUUUGCAUUGCUUGGGGGGGAUUUUGGCUGAUGAUCAGGGUCUUGGAAAGACAAUUUCAACGAUUGCUCUCAUCCUAAUGCAAAGGCAAUCACAGAUAAAAUGGAAAACAGAUGAUCCACGCAACCAUAAAGCUGAAGCCUUGAAUUUGGAUGAUGAUGAUGAGAAUGGUAGUAUUGAUGUGGAAAAGGAAAAGCUUAAAAAUGAUGAAGAAUCCAAUGAUGCAAAACCUAUUACUGAACCGAGUAGUUCAACACAGGCCCCAGGUAGGAAAAGGCCAGCUGCCGGUACACUGGUUGUCUGCCCUGCAAGUGUUCUUCGGCAGUGGGCCAGAGAGCUUGAUGAGAAAGUUGGAGAUGAAAAGCUUUCUGUUUUGAUUUUUCAUGGGGGCAGUAGGACAAAGGAUCCUGUUGAACUUGCAAAAUAUGACGUGGUUCUCACAACAUACUCUCUUGUGACUAACGAAGUUCCCAAACAACCUUUAGUCGAGGAGGAUGAUAUUGAUGAAAAAGACGGGGAAAAGUUUGGCUUAUCCUCCGAUUUUUCUGUCAAUAAAAAGAGGAAAAAGCUAUAUAAUGGAAGUAAGAAGGGUAAAAAAGGUAGGAAGGGAUUAGACGGCUCUUCUUUCGAUUGCGGUGGCGCUCUUGCAAAAGUAGGUUGGUUUAGGGUUAUUCUAGAUGAAGCUCAAACGAUAAAGAAUCAUAGGACUCAGAUGGCUAGAGCUUGCUCCAGCCUUAGGGCAAAAAGAAGGUGGUGCUUGUCUGGCACGCCUAUUCAGAAUACCAUUGAUGAUUUAUAUAGUUACUUUAGGUUCCUGAAGUAUGAUCCUUAUGCUGUGUAUAAAUCAUUCUACAAUACAAUAAAAGUCCCAAUAUCCAGAAAUUCUAUUCAAGGUUACAAAAAACUUCAAGCAGUUUUGAGGGCCAUAAUGCUACGUCGUACAAAAGGAACUUUGCUUGAUGGCAAGCCUAUAAUCACUUUACCUCCUAAAACAAUUAAUCUGGAGAAGGUGGAUUUCUCCUAUGAGGAGCGGGCCUUCUACAAGAAGUUGGAAGCUGAUUCACGUUCUCAAUUUAAGGCAUAUGCAGCUGCUGGCACAGUAAAUCAAAACUACGCAAAUAUUCUUUUAAUGCUUUUACGUCUCCGUCAGGCUUGUGAUCACCCGCUUCUUGUUAAAGAAUAUAAUUCUGAUCCUGUUGGGAAAGAUUCUGUUGAAAUGGCAAAAAAGCUUCCAAAGGAGAUGCUGAUCAAUCUGUUUAAUAGUCUGGAAACAACUUCCGCUAUAUGCUGUGUCUGCAAUGAUCCACCUGAUGACUCUGUUAUUUCGAUGUGUGGCCAUGUUUUCUGUUAUCAAUGCGUGUCAGAACAUUUGACAAGUGAUGAUAAUAUGUGCCCUGCAGUUCAUUGUAAAGAACAACUUGGGGAAGAUCUUGUUUUCUCCAAAGCAACUUUGAGGAGUUGCCUCUGUGACGAUCUUGGUGGUAGUAGUUCUAGCAACUCGAGUCUUGUUGAUUAUUCCCUAGUACAGAACAGUGAGUACAGCUCAUCUAAAAUCAAAGCUGUCCUUGAGGUUCUGCAGUCAAGUUGUAAAUUGAAGACUCCUGGCUUACUGAAUACCCCCGAAGGCAAUAGAGAUUCACUGCCUUCUGAUGAUUCCGAUAUUGAAGAUUUUGAUUCAGAUGUCAAGGUUACAAAACACACAAGUAAAUAUUCAGAGUGCACAUCUGGAGGACCACUAAAGGCUAUAAUUUUUUCUCAGUGGACUAGCAUGUUGGACUUGGUCGAGACAUCAAUGGAGCAAUCUGGCGUCAAAUACAGGAGACUUGAUGGUAGGAUGACUCUUACUGCGAGGGACAGAGCUGUUAAGGAUUUCAAUACUGAUCCUGAGAUUACUGUUAUGCUGAUGUCACUAAAAGCAGGAAACCUUGGUUUAAAUAUGGUUGCCGCAUGUCAUGUUAUUCUUUUGGACCUUUGGUGGAAUCCAACUACUGAAGAUCAAGCUAUCGAUCGAGCUCAUAGAAUUGGACAGACUCGUCCUGUUACUGUGACACGGAUCACCAUAAAAGAUACAGUUGAAGAUAGAAUAUUGGCUCUACAGGAAGAAAAGAGAAAAAUGGUGGCAUCUGCAUUUGGCGAAGACCAUGCUGGCGGUUCUGGAACUCGGCUUACUGUUGAUGAUCUGAAAUAUCUUUUCAUGGUUUAGAUCCUUGUUACUAUUGUAUUUCAGAUCAACAUUGGUAUGGAUGAUGGUAGCACUUCACAUUUAGCUUUCGAUGGCUCUGGAGUUAUGAAGGUGUAUGGCUAUUUUUUGGUUGGCUGGUGAGGGUUGAUUGAUCCAUGUAGUAAUUUCUUUGUUUUGAAGCCCACAAGGACAUUUUUGUCUUCCCAACUGCUAGGUAGCUUAAAGCUGUAAAUAUGCUAAUCGAAUUAUAUGGUUUAGGAUGAUAUUACCUUGGUUUAUGUACUUUCUUCUUUUACAGUGUACAAAUUUUCUUUAUUAUAUUCUCUGCAUGGAAAGCAAUGAGCCAAUGAUAGAUUGUUAAGGUGUACCGUUUCAAAUUAUUGAUCAUAAUGUGGAGCUGGUGAAAUUUGGCGA